AUGUCGACCGAUGGCGAGUUCGAAAAGGUCGAGGCGGAUUGGCUGAGAUACCCCGCGAGCCUGAAAGACUUCGACUCGAUUGCAGUCGACAGUUCAGCGUGUAUGGAACAAAUCGAUCGAUUAUCCGACGUAUUGUUUUCGAAAGGGACAAAGGUGGAAGUUCUCGAGUCCUCGAUAUCUUCAGGAUUCCUGAGCAGGAAUUCAAUAUGGCAAGCGAAUUCUUUAUCUCCUCUAAGAAUAUCGAAGUCGUCGCUGCUGAAAAUCCUCACUCGAUACGAGAUAAAUCCACAGCUUCUCGACGUUGUUUGUGCUUUCGGAGAUAAGCAAAUUUCGUCCGAUGAGGUCUCGGAAGUUGGACUCUACAAUACUUUCGAUGGAAUGUCAUAUGAAACUUCUUACCAGCUCCGGUAUGUUGAGCGAAAUGAAAGAGCACAUGGAGACCCUUGGUCUGUACGACAGACUGGUGUAUAUCACAAAAUAUCAGGUGUUGGAACGACUGGUCUGACGAAUAUGUGGAUGUUAUUACAUCCGAUGCCGAAUUCCAAGGCAUAUAGAAGAUUGCAAGAGAGUACGUCAGAAGAUGACGCCGGUGAAGCAGUAGAUGCGGACCCUUUGCGACUGCAUCUCCUGGUUUUCUCUUCCUAUAUUGAUAACUGGCGAUUAUACUUGCACGAUAUGACAAGACAGUUUCUAGAGCUAGAAGACAAUUUGAUGACUAGCGAGCUCCGGGACCGCAGUGAAUACACCAUGCUCAAUUUCGAGACACUACAACAACUUCGACAUUUAGCAGGCAAAUUAAUUCCUAUCCCAACGAUACUCCAAGCUUCAAUCAAGACGUUGAGAUCAAUUGCGGAGAUGAGCAGCACGCUUGAUCUAGGAUUCCAAACAAGUCCUUCCUCGAACAUUAUGUUGAGAAAGUCCAAGUCGUCAUACCACCUCAGAGCAUUUCAGAAUCGGCUUGAGAGCUAUUUAGAAAGCUGUUACGUCCUUCAAUCACGAAUCGAAAAUAUGACGAAGUUUCUAGCAGAUGGCUUGAAUUUGCAGAACCAAGAAAUAUCGGCAGAGUCUAACGGCCAUCUGGUGACCUUAACCAAAGAUACAGUCGAUGACAGUGCUACCGUCCGUGCCAUCACGUUCGUGACAUUGAUAUACUUGCCCGCAACGUUCAUUUCUGGCCUUCUUGGCUCCAAUCUCUUUGCUUUCGAAUCUGGUACCUCGGAUUUCGUUAUCUCACAUCAGUUCUGGUUGUACUUUGCUCUUACAAUACCCCUGACCAUCUUGACUGUUGGAUACUGGAAGUAUAGAACAUGGAAACAGGCAAAGAAGAGAGCAGAGGAUGCUGCAUUGCAACACUUGAACUUCGUGUAA